AUGAUCGUUAUUGCCGCCAGAGGGCGCCAGUGCGGCCACGCCUCGGGGCGCGAGGUGGCGGGAAUCGGGCCCCUAGGGCGGAAGAAGAAGGAGAAGUGGGGUCCAGCCCGGGCCGCGAUGGAAGGGAAGAGGAGAAAGCCUCUGUCUUCCAGUUCACGCGAGUACCGGAUCCCAAAGAAAAAACCCCAUGGGGAGUCCAAGGAUGUCCAGCCCCAGUCUCCUCUGACAAGGCUAAGAAGCUGGGACCACGUUUUUCAGGGGUGGCAAAAGGAGGUAAGAAAUAAGAACCCCUCCACACCCUGGAGAAGGAAAAGGGAUUUCUCUGGGUGUGUCUUCCCUUCUGAAAGAUCACCAGACAGGAGGCAACCCAAAGUUAUAUUGAGGAAUGUCUUGAGGACGGAAUUAGGCCGACAGUACCUAAAGACGCUCCCUAGAGCCGACGCCAAUUUGUCUGAUGCUGACGAGUUGCAGUCAGAGCUCCCGCUUUCGUCAUCUGUCGACCGCGUAGAGAGAGAUCGCACAUUAAAUCCUCUUCACCAAAACCUUUAUUUAUCCGAAAGGCAACCCAGAAUUGUUUUGAUGAAUAUCCUGAGAACGGAGGUAGGAAGAAAAUGCAUAAAGGCCGUACCAAUUGCUGACCCUAAUUUAGCUGAUACUACCAACUUGCAAUCAGAUCAACUUCCCUCAUCGCCUGUUGACAGCUUAGAAACUUGUCAGAAACAAAGUUCUCCUCAUCAGAGUCCUUUUGUGUCCAAAAGGAGAGCUCAGUGCCAGAAUAUACCAAGUGACGGUCUGGCAGAGCCAGCUGAACUUCCGAAAGAAAAAAGUGCAAACGAUGAUAUUUGCCUUGUACAGGAGUGUGAUCUUCAGCCUAAAGGUGUUACAGAUUAUGAACCACAGAAGAGGAGCGAGAAUCAAGAUGAAGCAGCCUUGUCUGUGACAUUGGAGAAGACGAUGAUGCCUAGCAGCCAUUUUCUGGCUCAUGUCAAUGCUGCUACUCUGGAGAAAUCAGUAGUAGAGACUAAAAAGCAAGAAAGCGACGCAGCCCCAAGUCCCGGGUGCAGCGAUCCCGGUGCAGACGUCCUCCGUCCCGAGCCCGCGCUUCUCCCAGAAUAUACCCCGCAGCCCGCGGAGGCUGACUUCACACAACCAUCCUCCCUGGAGAGCCUGGAGUUGGCUUUGAACAGCGCCCGGAAGAGUUACUACGACUGCUUUGCCACAAGUCCGUUUCAGAAACGGAGCUGGGUCCCCAGUGACAGUGAGGGGGUCCCUCGGCCCCUGGGGACCGCCGGCCAACUGAAGACCAAGGGAGGACUCUGUCUACGAAAGCUGCAUGCCCGGCCCGGUGAAGGGAAACAAUUGCUAGUCUCCGUAGAACCGAUUGUUGUUUCCAGCGACGAAGAAGGGUCUGCUGAACAGAGAAGUUCGGAAAAACUCAGUUUGCAACCUGAACAAGCCCGUCAAGACGUCAGCAGUGAAGCCGAGAAAUUACCUGAGUCUUCGUUGUCGGAACCACCACCUCAAGAUGUGAUUCUCUGUAAACUGGGACAGAUUUCCCCCGGGCGGUCUUCCCAAAGCCCCGACGAGGGUAACGCUUCGAGCGAGGCGUCCGCCAACGUCAUGGAACCCGUCCUGGAAAUUGAAUUUUCUUCCGUUUACAUCGGUAAAAUUAAAGGAACGUCAAGCGGUUGUGUGAAGUUCACUACAAAAACCGUUCACAUCCCAUUUCAAGUGGACCCGAACAAGCCUGUUUCCUUGUCAGUUGAUACCAUUCAUCUAAGGAAGUUUGGGUUGUGGAAAACAGUGGACGACGCCCGCUGCCGAAAGAUCAAUGCUGUCAUUUUCCUCUGGGCAACUUCAGACUACGUGGAAGAAGUUGAAACUCAACUUGGAUGUCGUGUUUUAAGCCAGCCCCUGAAAUCCAACGAAUUCAUUUUCCUCGAGCUCCAGAAGCCGAUUUCGGAGGCCGAGGAGGUGAAGUUGAACGAAGUGGUGGCAGAAGUGUCCAAGAAGAACCGAUCGGCCGACCUCUCUGAGCCGUUACUGUGGAGCGAGGCUCUUCCUUUGAUUCAGGAUUUCCCGUUAGAAGAGUGUUCCUUCUUGCAUCACCUUUAUUCCUCAUUUCAGCCGCGACGGGAGGAGGACGGUGCCUUGAGGAACGCACCGCCCCUGCCUCAGGUUUCGACGACAAAUGCCACCAAGCCCAAUUACACGCUUUUACAGAAGCAACGUAGUGGUUUUUAUUCACUUUCUAUGACAGCCAAGUCAGACGACGAUGACGAGUGGAUCGAAGUGAAGAAGACUGGCCCGAUUCAGAAGUUGAUAGUGUACCCACCCCCACCUACGAAGGGCGGACUGGGCGUCACUAACGAAGAUCUGGAGUGUCUAGAAGACGGAGAAUUUCUCAACGAUGUGAUCAUCGACUUCUAUCUUAAAUACCUCCUGUUGGAGAAAGCUCCAGAAGAGCUUGUCGAACGAUGCCACAUCUUCAGCAGCUUCUUCUACAAAUGCCUGACCAGAAAGGAAAAGAACGCAACAGCAGAAAACUCACAGCUUUCGUUGGCACAGAGAAGACAUAAAAGAGUAAGAACGUGGACUCGUCACAUAAACAUCUUCAAUAAGGAUUAUAUCUUUGUGCCCGUGAACGAGGAGUCUCAUUGGUAUCUGGCGGUCAUUUGCUUUCCGUGGCUAGAAGAAGCCGUGUUUGAAGAGUGUCCGAAGCAGCCACUUCAGCCAGACUGCCUCAAAAUAGAUCACGGCUGUUGUUCGACUUCACAACUGUCCACGGGCUCAGAGGAUACCCAGAGCACGAUGAAGAAUAAAUCCGAAGCCAAAUCACACUGUAAACGGCCGUGCAUUCUUAUAUUGGAUUCUUUGAAAGCAAGUUCAGUACAGAAUACAGUUCAUAUUUUGAGGGAAUACUUGGAAGUAGAGUGGGAAGUGAAAUGGAAAACGCAUCGUGAAUUCAACAAAAGCACCAUGGUGGACUUCUGCCCUAAAGUUCCUAAGCAAGAUAACAGCAGCGACUGCGGACUGUACCUCCUCCAGUACGUCGAAAGCUUCUUCAAGGAUCCCGUUGUUAAUUUUGAGCUUCCGAUGCACUUGGAGAGAUGGUUUCCUCGUCAGGUUGUCAGGACCAAGCGGGAAGAGAUUCGGGAGCUGAUCCUGAAGCUUCGUUUCCAGCAACAGAAGGGUAGCGGCAGCUAAUUCGUCUCCCCUGACAAACACGGCACAGAUGUCGUGGAACGGGAUUACCGGAAAACCGCUUACCAGCAUUUGGGCUACCCGGCGCGCUGGGAAGAAAACUCCCCGUAGCCGUUCUGUAGAUUUGGGCCAAUUUAGCUAACGUGUCCGAGACUCGUUAUUUGAACUGCUUGACUUGAAUGGGAAAGCUGUAGAUAGACUGUGUAAGUAUGUAAUUUAAAACGGACUACGGACUUGACGUCUGAGCAACCCACCGGGGUAGGAGAUGUGGAAAGGUUUUCCGAGGGGAUGAAAGAAGGCGCUCCGAUCCCGUCCGCGACUCCGAGAGCGGAGUCCGAGCCGGGGGAAGGGAGUCGCUCCCCGCGGGGCCCGCCGCGAGGUCGGUCCCGUUAGCCGACAGGUCGUCGCCCCGUAUCGUCAUCCCGUUCUUCCAGUAUGAAUACCGUGUAUUUCGAGACCGCGGGCCGGCCCCAGGUUGCCACCGUCCCACAGUUCGGGCCACCUGGGGAGGUGUCCCGCGCUAUUUGCUGAUUUAGCCCAGCAUCCGUAAAACCCCCAGUCCUGACCUUCCGUCCGGUCGCUCCGGGUAAGUCAAAUCCCUCUCUUGCCCCUGCCCGCCAUGCCCUCCCUCCCUUCCUCCGGUCCCAGGAGGUUUCCUGCCCCUCGGCGGCUCCUCAAACCCCAGACUUGCCCCCCUUCCACUCUAUAUUUGUCCCCUGUCCCCUCGCUCUCGGUUGCUUUUUAUUUCAAAGUAACUCAACCGCAGCUGGGACUAUGAGCUCACCUUUGCCUUUCCUGCCGUUCCUCAGCUGUAUCACCACCAGAGCCAUGGAGAAAGGAACCCGUUGGGGCCUGGUUGGAGAGGGGUGCCUCAGACCCCUCCCGGGCUGCUGAGCCCCCUCCCCAUGAUCUCUCCAGUACCCCCUUCCCUGUAUCUACCCUCCUUCCCACCGUAGCCGUCUCCUUUCCCCGGCCAAAGGUCCAGGGAUGGUCCAGGAUGGGAGGGACGAGUUGCCGCUCCCCUCCCAUGCUGCCACCGCUACGCUUAGUUGAAAGAGAGAGAAUAAAACUAGGGAAGCGUGGGAGAUGGCGGAGGCAACGGGAGAGAGGAGACGACAGAAAAGUCAGCAGAGACGGGAGACGGAGGGGACGGGGAACGGGAUGAAGGGCGGGACAGGCCAGGGAGGGAUUUACAGGGCGACUUCCAUGUCCCCCCGGGAUUUGGCCGUCACGUCGGGCUGCUUCUGGAACGGAAACAUGCUGUGGUAAGAGGCGAACUGUGUGAUACGGCUAUUGUUGGAAGCCCCCAGAGUGCGUUAGGAGGCAUUUACUCCUGGACAGUAGGAAAGAGGGAAUCGUGAUGGAAGGUGAGGUGUGGGGGCCGUUGAUGCUCUUCACCACGUCAGUGUUUUGAGCUGGCAAGCGGCAGCCUCACCCUGCUCUAAGUCGGGGUUUUACGUUUCCUUUCCAUUCAGCAAGAGAAGGGUGCAGAAGUUCAUACGUUUCUCAGUGGGUGAAGCCGGGAAGAAAACUGGAAUAAAUGGAGUUUCCUCUUUCCCCCCCUCCCCCUCCCCGUUACCCCCAACACCGUCAUUUUAUUUUUCCUGACCGAUUUGCAAAACCAAAGUCUGGCAUUUCUGGAACGACCUUCUUUGGCUUACUAGCCCUUUCUCUUUCGCGCGUCUGCUCUCUCUCACUCACACACACACACACCCGUAUAUACGUUCAUUCAUAUUCAUGCACCUCACUGAGUUCCCACAGCUCAUACCCAUAUGUAUGUAUAAAAUGUAGAAGGAACCAUUGAUCUCAGUUGCUUUAAAAGCCCCAAGUGAAUUACACACAUUUGGUUCUUGGCCUGUAGGGAUCCAACAUGUAGUUUUCACUCUCUCCUCUAUUUAUUUGUAAAUGUAGGGUGGCACAUUAUUCACUUAGGCGUCAUCCGGCAGAAAAUAUUCAGGCAAAUUUUAUGCUGACUUAUCGUGGGAUUUUGGUGGGAUUAUGUGGAUUAAGGAUUGCUGAACCAUUUCCAUUCAGUGCACUUUAUGAAAAUGGAUAACUGGGCAUGUUUGGAGGGCACAACUAUUUUCUCCUCUGGGAUACAAAAUAUACUUUUGGGAAAGAAUGCCCUUUUGAUCGCUCACUUCAGAAUUAUUUUGCAGUGUGAUUUUACUUAAUGGCGGUAUUGAUUAAGCAUUUACGAUGUGCCAAGCACUGUGCUAAACGUGGGAGUUGAGGCAAGGUGCUCUGUUUGGUCACUGUUCCUGUCCCGAAGAGGGCUCACAGUCUAAAGAUAAAACUAAGGGCCGACCACUAGAUUUCAAAGAAAUGUGAGUUGAGCGCCACUUUAAAGCUCUAGACAAAUAACAGAUCUAGCCUUUCUUUUCAGUAUUUGAUCCUUUUUCUCUCUUUGUAUGUAAAAUAUUUUUGUCUCUGGUGAAUUCAAUAAUAAUCACAAAUCUCAGUCGAAUGGAAAAACGCUUCUUUUGAAAAGACUCAUGGUAUUUGGAUACAGCAGCUGAAAGGUUGAAACUGCUUGUGCUCUUCAAACUUCAUUAUCUGUCCACUCUCAAAGAUACAAUUCUCAUUUUUUUUUCCAAAGACUGUUUUAUAGGACCUUUCUUCCAAAAUGCUAGGGGAAUGAGUGUAUUUUAAGAAUAAAUGUAGUCGUUAUUAAAUAUCUUU